UGAGCGUUCACGUUAACCUAGCGUCCCUAGCCAGCUAACCGACUGUACUCUGCGAAUCAUAUAAGCAUAUAAAUCUAUUUUACCAUUAGCAAGGGUUUGCUGAUUUUCCAAAAGAAUCUGCGAUGGACUGGUUUGGAAAUGCCGCUGCCAUGUUUCCCACUACGGAGAAUAGCAGCAGAAACGAGAAACAAAACAUCCCGAGUUCGGGACAACCACACGAGGUCAGUGUAGAGAGCAUGGCGUCUUUAUGUCAGAGUCAGCAGCGGUGUGUUAAGGCCUCCAUCGAGUCCAGCUGGCAGCUGGUCGAGGCUCAGGGCCGGCUGUGUGGCCUGGAACUACACGGUUCCGAAUCAGCCGAGCAGGAACGAGCCCGUGCCCUUGCCAGCUCUGCCGAGCUCUCGCAGACCGAACAGGAGUGGCGCAACAAAGAAAUCAUGCUGGGAAGCCUGGAUCCCAGCAGGAGUCCUGUUCUUUUCACUGAGGGCAGCAGAGAUGUGUUUGACAAGAGUAUAAUAAAUGUCCAUUCUGGGGUCUGUGACACAGAUCAUGACAAAAGCAUAACAUUUGCUCAAAAAUAUGAAGAGCUAUUGAAACAUUUUGGUAUGUUGCGGAGAUGGGAUGACAGCCAGCGCUUCCUGUCUGAACACCCCCAUCUCAUCUGUGAGGACACGGCUAACUACCUGAUCUUAUGGUGCUUCCGUCUGCAAGCUGAAGAGAAAGAGGCCUUAAUGGAGCAGGUGGCUCACCAGGCUGUUGCCAUGCAGUUUAUCCUGGAGAUGGCUAGCAACGCACAGCAGGACCCGCGAGGCUGCUUCCGUCAGUUCUUCCAGAAAGCCAAAGCUGAGCAGGAAGGAUAUUUGGAUGUCUUCCACACUGAACUUGAGGCCUUUAAGCAGAGAGUAAAGGAGUACACCAUGAAAUCCAAAGGGGAGACGCCCAAAGAGCGAGAACAUCAGAACACCCCAUCACGCUGUCAUCUAGACCCAAAGGAAGUCCUGGAAUCUCUGCCACCUGAACUGAAGACUGGUUUCCAAAUGCAAGACAUGCAGAUUCUCCAAAAUGUUCUCAGCACUAUGAAUCCACAGGUGGCAGAGUAUCACGUGAAGCGUUGUUUAGAGGCGGGGCUGUGGACAACAGCGGUCAGAGAAUCAAAAGAAGAGGCUGCGGAAACAGAGGAGCAGAGAAUGAUGGAGACGUCGUAGCAUACGCAGGGCUUAUGCUUUCUCUUUCUCUCCCUUUAUUGGAAACGUGUUCAUUGAAGAUCAAGAUGGCGCAAGGGAAAGAAAGGUUGCACACCCUAGACAUUUUUUUUGGUAUCUGCGCCUGAAUGUGUGCUGCACUUUAUAUUUGUUCUAAAAGUAAAAGUAUUUAAAAAUGGGGAAUCAU